UCAUACCAAGGACAGACCUUACUUUUGGGAACGGGCAAACACUGAAUCCGCCAACAUUCACUGUGACACCCAAUAGCGAAAUAUUUGACAAACAGUCCUCCCUGUCGUUGCCACUGCAUGAGGAGGCACCAAGAACAAAAACGGGUCCUCUGCUCUGAAUCACUGCUGAACAAGGCUGUGCUUAUGGCGUCAGUCAGAUCAUUCUCAGAUGAUCUUGGGCGAAAGGCAGGCUACACCCUGGACUGGUCGGAUGAACAUUCCGUCACUGAGCAGAAACUGAAACCACCGUGCCUGCGCAGCAGUCACGUUCCCCUACACUGAGGACAGGCAUCACCAAAGACGAGGAGCCCUGCAUUAUGCGGAGGAGUGACAACUAUUGGCCAGUUCCCAGUGAGGAGAAGAACGUCGAUAUGGACAACACCAAGGCCCAGAGUGACAACUCCAUACCAAUGAAAAAUCUGAACGCUGAAGGCAGAGCAUCAUUGCGUCCUCAGUUUGGCCCAUACUUUGCCGAUGGCGAGCGGCGAGUGGACUACGUGCUUGCGUACCACAUCCAGAAACCCAACAGGUCUAGCAGCAGAAAAUCACCCAAGUUUGGAGACGACAACUUCAUUCGCCGCCUUCGACGUAGCUUGAGCAUGAGAAGCAGCCGCGCACCUUUACAGCCCAAAGAAGACCCUGAGAUUGCUGCCCAAGAGCAACAGACUGAUUACCAUGAGGAUGAAAAGCGAUUCAGGCGGGAAGAGUUUGUGGAAAACCUCCUGAAGACUGGCUUGGAAGUAGAAAAGGCUGACGAGUGCAAGAUCCCUGGAAUUGGCUUUUUGAAGAUCCAUGCCCCAUGGAAUGUUCUGUGUCGGGAGGCUGAGUUCAUGAAGCUCAAGAUUCCAACAAACAAGGUUUUUGAGAUUAAACAAGGAAAUAAUAUUGUUGAAAAGGUCCGACUGUUCAUUCACAAAGUCACAUCUCCUUUGCACCCAAAAGUGGACACCAAUAAGUCACCAAGUGUGAAAUCACUCUCUCAUCCUUUUUCCAGAGAGAAGGAGCACCUAUUUGAUCUAUCUGACAGAGAUCAUGUCUUUGACAGCAGGACGAGGAGUUUCAUUGUGUAUGAAGUGCUCAAAAGGACAAGAUGCACCAGGGCCAUGUACUCAAUGGGGAUCACCAGUUUGCUUGCCAAUGGCGUUUAUACAGCUGCUUAUCCUCCUCAUGAUGGGGACAUAGAGGGAGUCAAUGCGGAACCUAAUGACAGAAAGACACUAUAUGAGGAAUGGGCCAGCUACAGUGUCUUCUACAAGUACCAGCCCAUUGGACUAAUUAGGAAGUAUUUCGGGGAGAAGGUUGGACUGUACUUUGCCUGGCUCGGAGUCUACACACAGAUGUUAAUCCCUGCUGCCAUUGUUGGAGUAAUUGUAUUCCUCUAUGGAUGUGCCACUAUUGAUGAUAAUGUACCAAGUAUGGAGAUUUGUGAUCCGAGGAACAACAUCACCAUGUGCCCACUUUGUGAUCGCGCUUGCGGCUACUGGAAACUCGUGACAGCUUGUGGCACUGCCCGAGCAAGCCACCUCUUCGACAACCCAGCAACUGUGUUUUUCUCCAUUUUCAUGGCUCUGUGGGCUGUUCUCUUCAUGGAGCACUGGAAGAGACGACAGAUGCGACUUAACUAUGUCUGGGACCUGACAGCCUUCGGAGAGGAAGAGGAGGAGGAACAUAAGGACCACAACCGAGCCGAGUAUGAGUUGCGUGUCAUGCAAAAAGCAAUGAGACAAGAAAAUUCAACCUCGAAGGGUGAGAAGGUGAAGCUGACUUGUACAGACAGACUGCCAGCUUACUUGAAUACUGUUGCCAUGAUGGCUUUCAUGAUCACAGUGACAUUUGUCAUUGUUUUUGGAGUUGUCCUCUACCGAAUUAGCAUUAAAACAGCCUUGCACAUCAGCACCUACCCUGCAGCACAGUACAACGUCCGAGCCACCGUCAAAACCACAGCUGCCAUCAUCAACCUCAUCGUCAUCAUCAUCUUAGAUGAAAUCUAUGGCGCUAUUGCACGCUGGCUCACGGUACUAGAGGUUCCAAAAACAGACAAAAGCUUUGAAGAGCGGCUUAUCUUCAAGACAUUUGUUUUGAAGUUUGUCAAUGCUUUUACGCCUAUUGUUUAUUUGGCUUUUUUUAGGGGCAGGCUUGUGGGGCGGCCAGGAAACUACGUGUAUGUUGUAGCAUCAUACAGAAUGGAAGAGUGUGCCCACGCAGGCUGCCUAAUGGAGUUAUGCAUCCAGUUAUGUAUCACCAUGCUCGGCAAGCAGCUCAUCCAAAACAACCUGUUUGAGAUUGGCAUACCCAAGCUGAAAAAAAUGCUACGUAAGAAAAAGUCUGCGCUGGACAAACAGCAACAAGAAGAGUUGACCAAAUCCUUGCAGCAACACGAGAAAGACCAUUUGCUCGGUCCUUUUGUUGGUCUCAAUCCAGAGUACAUGGAAAUGAUCAUCCAGUUUGGGAUGGUGACUCUUUUUGUGGCCUCGUUUCCUCUGGCUCCACUCUUUGCUCUUCUGAAUAACAUCAUUGAGAUACGCCUGGAUGCCAAAAAGUUUGUGACGGAGCUCCGGAGGCCGAUUGCAGUCAAAGCCAAAACCAUCGGUAUCUGGUACAAGCUGUUAAGGGGCCUGAGCAAGGUGGCAGUCAUCGUGAAUGCUUUUGUCAUCUCCUUCACAUCUGACUUCAUCCCACGGCUUGUGUACCAGUACAUGUACAGUCCUGAUGGCACCAUGCACGGCUUUGUCAAUCACUCUUUGUCUUACUUCAACGUGAGUGACUUUCAGCCAGGCACAGACCCUUUGAAGCCAAUGAACCUAGGCCAUAAGGUAGAAAUAUGCAGGUAUAAAGACUACAGAGAGCCACCCUGGUCCAGCACAUCGUAUGAUCUCUCCAAGGAGUUCUGGGCCAUUCUUGCUGUUCGCCUUGGUUUUGUUGUUGUCUUUCAGAAUGUGGUGAUGCUCAUGAGUGACUUUGUGGAUUGGCUGAUCCCAGACAUACCGAAGGACAUCAGCCUCCAGAUCCACAAGGAGAAGGUCCUCAUGGUGGAGUUAUUCAUGAAAGAAGAGCAUGGAAAGAGCCUCGCUCUCCGGGACAGUCACAACCAUAACAGUUGUACUUCCCCAUCUUCCUCAAGCCAGAGCCCACAACAACCACGCUCUCGGCCCGUGUCAAACGCAAACUGUUAUUAAACUAUCAGCUGUAAGCAUCUGGAAAAAUAAGCACAAAUUGCUCAAAAUACAGGAUGGGCCUUAACUAGUGCUGGGUGAUAUGGCCUCAAUUUCAAAUCCCAAUAGUUCUUUCCGAAUGUCGAUAUUUGGUAUGACUCGAUAUUUAUAAAUGUGUAAAACUGGACCAGACUACAUUGAUGUACAUUACAAAGGAGGUUUAUUUAACAGUUACGAAGAUCACAAAUAAAGAAAUUACUUUUCCCUGCAGAUAUUUGAAAAUAUAAUGAUCCCAAAAUAAGAGAAGCCACUGUAGCAAGCUGACCCGAUUCUCCUCAUCCAGCUCCCUUGAAAUGAAGUCCUUGUGCAAUUGUCUCGCCGGUAUGAUCUUUGGGUGCAUCUGCAAACGGAUACUUUUCAUUCCUACUCCCCAAAGUACUCAAGUACGUUGCACUCUGCGGCUACUCCACCGGUCGGUAGUUGUAAAAAAAGUGUUCUACAGCCGACACGCUUCCCGUUACUUUCUCCCUGGCGUUACUGUAAAGUUCAAGCAAUGCUUCCUCUGUGAAAUAUUUCCCGCUAGGCAACUGGUAUACGGGAUACCAUUUUUUUUCAUCAAGUUUUUGAAUUAAUCUGUUUCCACUGUAUAAAUAGGACUCAUGUCCUUGGCUACAGUAUAAAGAAUGAGAUUGUUGACGUUACCUCCGUCCAUUUGGUGUUUGACCUCUCAUAACGAGAGGAGCUGAACGUAGAUUCUGUUAAGUUUAUUUUGAAACCUUUUUUGGGGCGGUCACAGGAGCGGCACAGUGAGUCGCAGCUCUCUUUAGUGGGAUAAAUGCACUUGAUAACGUGCUUCAUCUUCAGGUGAUUUUGCACGGAUAUGCCUGUUUUCGUUCCAAAUGAUAGACGUAACAAUGCCCUUUUUUGGGUCUAUUUCUGACUCGCUAGUCGCUAGCCGCUAACAUCUUCUCCAUGUUGUCUCUGCGCAAUAAGAGCUGCCGCAGAAGUCUCGCGGAGCAACAAAAUCUCACGGGGUAGCGAAAAGUCUGGAAAAUAAAGCCAAUGAUCCCCUUUUUCCAUAUCAAGCAAUAAUCAAAUACACUGUGUAACAAAAUGUUUACAUUUUUCUGUCUUUGGUCAGUGAAUGUUAUUUCCUAUUUGCUUUCAUCUAGAAAACAAACAAAACCAAAAUAAUGAUUCCCUUUAAAGUUUGUUUUUUCUGAACUGGGCGGCAAUGUUUUGAAAUUAACCUACUUUCCCUUGCAUUCCGACAGAUUCCGCACAAACUUGGUCAAGGAAAAAUUCAAAGAGCUUUCUAGAAAUGUCAAGAACCUUACAAACGGUCCUAAACGUUCCAUGAACUUCUAGAACAUCCUGGCAACGUCGAUGGCAGCAUAAAUGCAGGGAACGUCCGCUCACCAGAUCAGUUUACUUCGAGCCGUCACAGUACAGAAAAGUCGAUCGUCACUCGUCAUUGCGAUCCGCAUUAGUCACGCAUGGCAUCAAGAAGUUGUAAGCAUCUGGCAGACGCAUUUUUCGACAUCGGUGGCGAAUUUAUCAAGACUAGAGCUAUAAAGUACUCAGAAAACGCACGGGGCCUACGAUGCAUAUUUUGGCAUGUCUGUCGGGGAUCUCCGAGGCGUUUCCUUGUUAUCUUUUGCCUUCGGGACAGCAGGGACAGCGUGGCACACGACCACAAGCGGAACUGGCCACAGCAGACCGAGUUUAGUGUGGGGAAGCACAAUGUCAAAUGGGAGCCAUUGUUGGAGCCCAGAAAAGUACUGUUUCCUCCACUUCACUUAAAACGGUCUUAUGCGACAAUUGGUCAGAGCUCUAGAUAAGUCGUCCGCAGCUUUCAAGUAUCGUCAAGAUUUCUUCCCUAAACUGUCUGCAGCAAAAGUUGAAGCCGGUGUCUUUGUCGGUCCACAAAUGAAAAAGAUCAUGGAGUGCAAGGAGUUUCCCAAGAUACUCACAAAGGCGAAGAAAGCAGCGUGGGACAGUUUAGGGAAAAUCAAUGCUACAAUUGAAUCAUGUUGUUUUGUAUCUACUUUGUGCAAAUCAGAGUUCCAAUUUGCACAUUUAAUACAAAUCAUUAUCCCGGACACAAAAGCAAAGUUCGAAAUGAAUAUGAGUAUUUUUUUCAGGUUUUCUAGACAUAAACAAAUAGAAAAUAACAGUUCCUACCCAAGGACAAACAUUGUGUUACAUUGUGGUAUUGAUCGAAUCGAGCUUAACAAUAUAUUACCCAGCACUAGCCUUAGCUUUUUAUACAUAGAAAAACAAAUGUUUUUAAUGAAAAACGUUUUGGGUGUCUAAAACAUUUUAAAAAAAAAUAAUAAAAACUAUGCAUGUAAACUUAUGGCCCACCUGCGCUAUAAAACUGCAAACAAGUCUGCUUUCAACCACAAUAGCUAUUAAAUGUUAUGCUAUUCGAUGAAAGCAGCUUCUGUAUUUUGGGUUUUUCCGAUUUUUUUUUUUUUGUAGGAAUUAUCUAAAUCGAAAGCUUAAUGUAAUCACAGUAUGAUUUAUCCUUUUAGUUUGUUUCCAACGUGAUUACAAUGUUAAGAUGUCAUGUUUUUCUUGAAUAUGAUUUUGUCUCAGUAAUGAAUCAUUAUAUUGUCUGGUGUAAUUUAUUAAUUUGUCAUGAGGAUUGUAUAGUGAGGCAGCAUGUUGGACUACUGGUGAGCAUGUCUGCCUCACAGUUCUGAGGUUCACUGUUUGAAUCUCAGUUCAGGCCAUCUUUGUGCGGUUUCCAUGUUCUUCCUGUGCUGGUGUGAGUUGUCACUUGGUACUCUGGCUUCGUCCUAUAUUUCAAAAACCUGCAUUGUUAUGUUAACCGAAGACUAAAUUGUCGAUAGGUGUGACAGUGGUAAUGGUGGUUUGUCUAUAUUUGCUCCGCUAUUCACAGGUGUGUGUGUGUGUGUGUAUAUAUAUAUAUAUAUAUAUCUGCGAUUGGCUGGCGACCAGUUCAGGGUGUACCCCGCCUCUCGCCCGGAGAUAGCUGGGAUAGGCUCCAGCACGCCCACGACCCUAAAUGAAUCCAUCCAUCCAUUUCCUGUACCACUUAUGAUUACUGAUGACCUUCAGUCCUGUUCAAUGAAGAAAUCACUCAAACAGUUUGUCCUGACAAAAUCAAGUCAGACAAAAGAUCUUAUAAAGCUACAACAAAAUGACACGAUGCAAAGACAAUUCACAAAUAAAGUAAUUGACAUCUAUCAGUCUGGAGAGGGUUGCAAAAGCCAUUACUAAAGCUUUAGGAUUCAAGCGAACCAUAGGGAGAGCCAUUAUCCUCACAUGGAGAAAACAUGGAACAGUGGUGAUCCUUCCCAGGAGUGGCCGGCCGACAAAGAUGACCUCGAGAACAGUAAUGACUCAUCCAGGAGGCUAAAAAAAGAAACUCAGGAGCACUUCUAAAGAACUGCAGGCCUCCCUUGCCUCAGUUCAGGUCAGUGUUCAUGACACAACAUGACAAGGAAGAGGAUGCAGCAGGAUAACCAUCCAAAACACCCCAGCAAGUCAACUUCUAAGUGGCUUUUUAAAAAAGGAAGGUUUUGGAUUGGGCUAGUCCAAGUUCAGACUAGAAUCCGAAUAAAAUGCUGUGACAUGACCUUAAAAAGGCUGUUCAUGCUCGAAAACCUUCCAUUUUUGCACUGAAUGCAAACAAUUCUGCAAGGAAGAGUGGGCCAAAACAAGCGGGGUACACCCUGAACUGUGACAUGGCGUAUGUUAGAUAGCGAUGUGACAUCGCCAUGAUAUGGACCAAUCAGAGCCAAACUGUUUUCCAUAUUUAAAUCAGGGAAGAUGAGUGAUCUAAUCAGAGCAAAGCUCAUUUACAUGUGACAUAAUACGGAGAAACCCAACUGCCGCAAAUCCCAGGCAGAAAAUACCAACUGGAAUAGCUUGAAAAAGGACACUUUGGGCAUUUCCAACCAAAAUUAUCAUGCAAACCUGAUUAAAGCACAUCAAAGAUGAUCAAAAUUAAGAUCCGCAUCUCACUGGCCGAGAGACUAGUUGCCAAACGAGGAGAGUUGAGUCUUCGCUGAUUGCGGAGACGUCUCCGUGACAUCUUCGGGACUAUCCUCGAGGCAAGCUGUGUCGCCAGGGAGUCGCAGUGAAAUUGAACAUCGGAGACCUUUUGGAGACUCCUCUAUAUGCUCACUAUAGAAUAAAGUUGAAAGUAUUUUAAUGUCACAA